CCAGGAUGUCUUCACUAACAGAAAAGGACAGACCGAUUGUUCAGCUGUUACUGAACACUGGCACUUGCCCACGAUGUAUUUUGAGGUUCUGCUGCGUGGGAUCACAGGCGCUUUAUAGACGUCCAUACAAGGAUUUGAUGAAGGAUUUAAAAGAAUUUCUGAAAAAUAAUCAAGAAAAAGAAGAUAGGGUUUGUUUUGACGUAGUUGAUCCACCUUGUAAGAGAAUCAGACUUGAACACACAGAAGAAGGGCCUGAUGAUCUGAACCACAAUGGAGCGCUGCAGCAGAUUCCUUCGGUUAAUGAUGAAAAUACUGCAGUGGAGAACUCAGCUGUGAACAUUUGCAGUGUGUGUUUGGGAAUUCUUCAGGAGUUCUGCGAGGCUGACUUUGUUAAAAAGGUGUGCCAAAAGGUUAAUUCCGCUGACUACCAGUUCACUAGUUUUGUAUUUUCUGUGUCGCUACCCCCACAGUUGUCUGUUAGGGAGCGUGCUGCUUGGCUGCUGGUAAAACAGGAAAUGGGAAAACUGGGCCUUUCCUUGGCAAAGGAUGACAUUGUUCAGCUGAAAGAAGCUUAUAAGUGGAUUAUUCAUCCCCAGUUGUCAGAAGAGUUGGGUGCUCCUGCUGAUGGAAAGAGUUUGUUUGAAGUUAGCGUGGUCUUUGCUCACCCAGAAACAGAGGAGGAGUGCCAUUUCCUAGCUACAGCCUGUCCAGACUGUUUCAAACCAGCAAAGAACAAACAGUCUGUUUUCACGAGAAUGGCAGUUAUAAAAGCUCUAGAGAAGAUAAAAGAAGAGGAUUUUCUCAAGCAUUUUCCAUGUCCCCCAAGUUCACCAAAGAACCUCUGUGUUGCUCUGGAAAUUCAGUGCAAUAAUGGUGCAGUUUUUGUGGCUGGAAGAUACAACAAAUAUUCAAGGAAUUUACCUCAGACUCCCUGGAUUAUUGACGGGGAGCGGAAGCUGGAAUCUUCAGUGGAAGAACUGAUUUCAGAGCAUCUAAUGGCAGAAUUCCAAGCAGAUAGCUUUAAUUUUUCUUCCUCUGGAAGAGAAGAUGUGGAUGUAAGAACACUAGGCAAUGGAAGGCCCUUUGCAAUUGAGCUUGUGAAUCCUCGUAGAAUACGUUUUACUGCUGAGGAAAUGAAGGGACUUCAGCAGACAAUUAAUAACUCUUCAGACAAAAUACAGGUUCGAGAUUUACAGCUUGUCACCAGAGAGGCAAUUGGUCGUAUGAAGGAAGGUGAAGAGGAAAAGACAAAGACCUACAGUGCCUUAAUAUGGACAGACAAAGCAAUACAGAAAGAAGAUAUUGCGUUUCUAGAUGAUAUCAAGGAGUUAAAACUUGACCAGAAGACUCCUCUCCGGGUUCUUCACAGAAGGCCUCUAGCUGUAAGAUGUCGGAUCAUUCACACCAUGAAAUCUGAGUACAUAGACGAGCAUCAUUUUCGCCUGCAUUUGAAGACUCAGGCGGGAACCUACAUUAAAGAAUUUGUACAUGGAGACUUUGGAAGAACAAAGCCCAAUAUUGGCUCCCUACUGAACAGAACUGCCGACAUUCUGGAGUUGGAUGUAGAAUCUGUUGACGUUGACUGGCCUCCGACCUUGGAUAAUUAA